GGGAGCUCUCCGAGUCUCGAGUUGGCUCCACUUCCCGUCCACCAGCUCCGUUGCUACGUCACCACAUUUGACGGGACUGUGAUGGGAGCUUGUGGAGGAGAGCUGAGGAAGAAACUGGAAACAUAUUCAAAAUGAGAGAAGCUGUUCUCCUGCUGACGCACUGUGUGGUUCUGUGUCUCCUCCUGAGCUUCAGCCAGGCGGCCAGACAAGGACAGGACAUCAGAUGUGGAGCCUGCAGGGCUCUGGUAGAUGAAAUGGAGUGGGCCAUCUCCCAGAUCGAUCCCAAGAAGAUGAUCCAGACUGGAUCCUUUAGGAUCAACCCAGACGGCAGCCAGUCCAUCAGAGAGGUCCCUCUGGCGCGUUCUGAGGGAAACCUUCUGGAUUUGAUGGAAAAUGUGUGCGAGAGGAUGCAGGACUACGGUGAACGCACAGAUUCUGCCACAAACAGGAAGUCUUACGUCAGGAUCAAGUCUCGGAGCGGUGAGGCCAUGGACCUCUCAGAGGCCACACUGGAUUCAAGAGUUACAUCCAGCUUAAAAUUUGCAUGUGAAACAAUUGUUGAACAGCACGAAGAUGAAGUCAUUGAAUUCUUCGCUCACGAAACAGACAACGUUAAAGACAAACUGUGCAGCAAGAGGACAGACCUAUGUGAUCACGCUCUAAAAAUGCCCCGUGAUGAACUUUGAUAUCCUCCCACCAUAGCCGACGUCUCCUCAGCUGAAACGGAGGUGACGUUAGCGCUGUAAUGUUUCCAGUCGUCACAUCUCACCUGUUUGUGUCAGGGCUGUAUUAUUCGUGUGAUCAGGUACCAUGUAAAGACCACUUUGCUAUUUUUUUGACUUCAUCUCAUAUUCGUUGGUCAUUUGUUCACAUACAGUAAAUUAUUAUUCAUUUAAAAUUAUUAUUCUUGGCCAGUUUAAAACAAAACUGUGAAACAGCAAAAAUGAGGCUUGGCUUUUACAGUAGAUACAGGAUUUCUAACACCAGUGAGAUCAGGUUGAAUAUAGUGAAGUGGUCCUGAGGUCCAUAUCAAUGCACAGUGGAAAAACUCUCUUCCAAAGCUAAGUGGAAGUGUGCUAAUAGCAGAUAGGCUUCUUUUAUUCACAAUGAAUUGAUAUUUAUACUGCCUGCUCUCCAGUGAAGGUAUUAUUUGAUGCCACAUUACACUUUACAGUUACGCUACAUUCUAGCUUUAGAAGAGAGUUUUUUCAAAUAACAGGUGUCUCUGAUUAUUCCUUUAAAUAAAACUGAAAAGUUAACAGCCACAAUUUAAAGAAACGUCAUGUAAAAUCAGAUAAACAAAAAAUUUAGGAUUUGAGUUAAAUUACUACUGUGAUAGAAAUGAUAAUGAUAACAAACGUUUACAAAGGUAGUUUCAAAUUAUUUUGAAGCCGAUCCCUCUCCAUCCUCAGUGUUGUUUAUUAUUAUUGUAAAAUGAAUAGUUGAAACAGGUUAAAGUUUCUGAAUCUGUUUGGUCAGUACGGAUCAUGUCUGGAAAAGAUGAGCUUCUCCACAUGCCGCACUAACAAUCCACAGCCUGCGCUCACUUUUGAUAAAACACUACCAAAACCUGUUCUUCUUAUAAUAUGUACAGAGAUUAUCUGAAUAUGAGCAUCGGGAUUAUAGUAAACCUUAGUUUUGCUGGCAGUCUAAUAAAACUGAAUUCUUGUGUAAUCCCACUAGAGUGUGCUGUAGUCCACAAUAAUUAUUGUAAUAAACACAUUGGUCCAUUUGCUGUACUGUAGACAUAUCAGGAAGUCUUUGUGGUGCCGUUUAUGUAAAAACAAAAUGAAUUUACUAUGUUGCAAAUAUUCUCCUGAAAUUUUCAUUUUUAUAUAAACUUUGUAUGUUUUCUCAA